UGCACUGAAAACAUGGCGGCCUCCACGAACUCCACGUUGUUGGACGAUCUAAGCAAGAAGCCUGAUCCACUGCAGGAGGAGUUCGGCAGCGAUGGAGAAGUCCGCCAGCCACUUCGAAAGGGUCGUGUCGACUCUUUUCGUCAUAAGAAGUUGCUGGAUGCUAUCGGUUCCCUGGGAGGCAAAAAUAAGGUGACAACACGGACUGAGCCAAGCCUCACAGUGUCUGAAUAUGACCUCUCGAAAGCCUCGGUGGAAAAGGUGGCCGUACACCAGCUGCUCAUGAACCUCAAGAAGACCGACGCGCAUCGUCAGAUCAAAAGGAAAGUGCGCUCCAUUGUGCGCAAUGCCAAGGUGCUGGCUGAACCCUUGCCCCUACCUCAACAACGGAGGGUGCAGCGUCAGGUUGCAUAUGAAAAGGUCGGCGAGGAAAUCACUGUGUGGGAGCCCGUGGUUAGACAGAACCGUGUGGCCAAACAGCUGCGCUUUCCACUCAAGCAGCCCGAAAUGAGAAUGGAAUCUGCGGCUAAAUUUGUUCAGCGCUUUGAGCCAAAGACUGACCUUGAACGACAAAUAAACAAGAUCUUGAAGGUCAGUGAAAAUGUCACGCCACCAGGAGCUGAACUGACGCCAGCCGAAGAGAAAGCCCUCAAGGCCAUGAGCUUGGAAGAAGCCAAAGAGAGACUGGCUGAGCUGAAAAAGAUGAGAGCUCUGAUGUCUUAUCAGGAGAUGAAAGCUCGAAGGCAGGCCAAGAUCAAAAGCAAGAAGUAUCACCGUAUCCUGAAGAAGGAGCGUCUAAGGAAAGAAAUGAAAGAGUUUGAAGAGCUCAAGGAGAAGAAUCCCGAGCUUGCCAUUGAGAAGCUGAAAGAACUCGAAAAGCAGCGAAUCUUGGAAAGAGUGUCCCUGAGGCAUAAAGGCACAGGAAAAUGGGCCAAGCAGCAAAUGCUCAGGACUAAGUACAACCAAGAGAGUCGAGAAGCACUACUGAAGCAGCUGGAGCUGAGUCGACAGCUGACACAGAAGCCCUUAGUUGAAUCGUCUGACGACGAGGAUGCAAUGGAUUCCGAUGCUGCCGGAGAAGUUGCAUCUACGCAUACUGGAGAGUUAGAAGCGAGCUUUUUCAGCUCGGCUAACCCGUGGCUAAAGAAACCGAGUGGAGCGCGGCCCAGUGCGGCAGUAUCCAAUGCCGAAGUUCCCGAAGAUGUUGAAAAUGAAAAAGACACCAAUGCCAAUUUGGACAACGACAGUGAGGAAGAUGGUGAUGAAAAUGGCGAGGAGGGGCGAGCGAAGCAGGCAGAUGGCACAGAAAAUGGGCAGGAACACUUAACCUCCGAGGCAGUAGCUGUUGAAGCCGAAGCGGCAAGUUGUGGGACUGAUGAAAAGGAAGAAAAAAGUGUGUCAUCUUCAAAGCUACAGCACGCUGGCAGAGUGAAGCAAGUCUCGGUCGAGAAAGGUGUGAAAAGGAAACUAGCUGAAGUAACAAAGAGCAGAGGCCAUGCCAGUGUGCAGGACUCCGAGCCUGUGAAGCUACCCUUGGAAGAACCAGAGGUUGUUAACAUUGAUAGGAUGUUCGAUUCUCUCAGUGGACGUGCGGCGAAGAGGAGGAAGAAGAUCAAGCCGGGCCAGAGGAAGAGGAAAGAGAUCAAUAAGUUCACUGUGACACCUAUUAGCCGAGAGAAGGCCAGCAAGGAAGAGAACAACGAUCCUGACAAAACAAUGGAAGACCUUGAAAGCUCUGAAAACGAAGCUCAAAUCGAUGAGACAUUGGAAAGAAAGCAGACUCUGAAAGACUUGGAAAGCUUUAGCCAACAGGAAACGCUCAAGCCGGCAGCAAAACGGCAAUCCUCUGUCCCAAAGCCGACCCAGUCAGGAGCGAAGCCAGACAAAGUAGAAGUCGACCCAACAAGGUUUCUCGAGGUGAAACAGCAGAUACUGAAGUCCAGGGCUCCGGACUUGGGUGGAACUGCUGAGGAUGCCUUGGAUGAUGAGGACAUUGAGAAGGAACAGGCCGUUACUAUCGCCGAAGCAUUUGCAGACGACGAUGUCAUCAGUGCUUUCAGGGAAGAGAAGAAAGCGCAAGUGAAGCAGGACACGCCACAGGGUGUUGACCUUUUCUUGCCCGGCUGGGGAUCCUGGGCAGGUCCUGGCAUCAAGGUGGACAAGAAGAAAAGGCGCAGGUUCUUUGUGAAGCCUCCCCCGGCACCACCGAGGAAAGACCGAACACUUGGCAAUGUGAUCAUCAGCGAAGCCAAGGACGAAAAAUUCGAGGCACACCAGGUCGAUGCUCUGCCAUUCCCAUUCAACAAUGUCAGCCAGUUUGAGUCCGUUAUCAGCCACCCCGUAGGCAGUUUGUGGAACCCAGAGACAUCGUUCAGGGAACUGACUGCGCCGAAGGUUGUCGCCAAGAUUGGACAAGUCAUCGACCCCAUAGACAGAGAUGCCCUGACCGUCAAGAAGAAAGCAAACGUUCUGGAUAAGCUCCUAGAGCAGAAGAAGGCUGCAAUGAAGCAAAAGCAGUCGCCCCGGCGACAGAGGAAGAAAAAAUGACCAUGGGUAAUGACAGGAAUGCAAGCAUGUUCAUGCCUUCAGGAGGAAUGAAGUGAACCUGUAUAAUAUGUACAUAUUGAAAUAAAUACACACUGCAGCAUGUACAAGCA